CAGUUACACAGGCUGGGGCCGCGCAAUCAGCGUCAGCCAGUCUCGGCCAUGACUAGAUGGGGACGGAGCGGAUAUGGCUGGGGCCGGGGAACGCAUUCCACGCUAACCAGGAGCACAGGACGCUGGGGCCGCCCUGGCAGAGGCGCCAGACUGGCUCCCGGGUGAGCGGUGGGUCUAGUUCACAGUCUCGUUCGCUGACGUCACUUCCGGGGCACAGCCUGUGCGCACAGGGGGGCAGCAAGAUUACAGUCCAGACGAAUGGUCAAAAUGGCGGCCACGCAGUUAACGGACGAGGAGCUGGUUUCCGAGCUGAGGCGCUCUGGCGUGAUGCCGGGCCCGGUCACGGACAGCACCCGCCCCGUUUACCUGAAGAAACUGAAGAAGCUGCGGGAGGAGCAGAGGCCCAGGGCCGGUAAGACGCGGGUAACAAACAACAACCUGGCGUUGGCUACAGACGGGCGUACGGAGAACCCAGCAGCCCGCCCAGCCUCCGGGGAUGUGACGCAUCGGCGGUGCGGCCGGUACCCCCAGGCCGGGAAGCCCUCCCCGAUAUUAGGCUUCAGCUCCGAUGAGUCGGACGCGGACGUGGGGCUGGGGGCACAUGGCGGGCACAGGGAGAGGAGCAGCACCCCGCAGCAAGACACGGAUCCGGCCCAGCGGAACUGCACGGGCAGCGGGGACGGGAGGAGGGCGGCUGCCUGGUGGGGGACGCGCAGGCCGCACAGCUCCCCGGGCCGCGAUGGUGCCGAGGAGGCGGCGGCCAGGAGCCGGACAGUGAACGGCAGCCACCUCCCUUUCUGCCGGGACUACUCAGACUCUGACGAGGAGGAUCUGGGGGAGAGCGAGCCUCAGGGCCGCCGCAGCAGCAGACGGAUUAAACAGGGACGGGACAACGGCAUGGACCACGCUGAGCAGCCGGGCUGGGAUCCGGUGUCCCCCAGACACCGGGGAGCCACUAGGAAGCCCCACUCCCCGGACUCUGGCAGCCGCAACAACCACCUGGGGGCACACUACAACCCGGAGGGCCCCAGGCUCUACUUCACCAGCAACAGCGUUACUCCCAGCCGGGCUUCCCCCUCCAACCAUACAACGUCCAACCACACGCACUACCCGUACACCGGCAGCAAGAAGAAGCCGCAGAAGCUCCCUGAGCCCGAGGAGGAGCUCCUCCAGCAGUUCCGGAGUGAGGAGGUGUCUCCCACGGGGGGCUUCAGCGCCCAUUACCUGUCCAUGUUCCUGCUGACUGCGGCCUGCCUCUUCUUCCUGCUGCUGGGACUCACCUACCUGAGGAUGAGGGGCUCGGGCCUGCCCGGGGGGGACAGCUUAAGAAGCCCUAAUGAUCUUCCUGGUGAUAAAACCGAGAAAAAUCUCUUGAUGAAUACGCUGCAUAAGCUGCAUGAUAAAUUGGCAAAGAGAGCAGGAGAUUAUAUAUGUGGUGAUGCCGAUUACAGUCGUAUUUCUGUCCGGGAGGCUGUGGAGUAUUUACAGGGUUUAGGUGAAGAAUAUGUUCGUGAGUUUAAUCAGUCAUUGAAAUGGAUAUUGCAGUCUGGAAAAGAUGUUGGAAUCAAGUGUUCUGGAGACUUGGAUGAUAAUUUAACUAUAACCAGUGUGAAGUACUUGGAAUCCACACGGCCACAAAUGUCCUUUUUAUGUCGCAUCAGACGUGCAGUUAUUACUGUAGCCCACAGACUGUCACUUUUGCUUCUAGGUAUUGCUGUGGUUUUUGCAGUUCUUCGAUAUAUGCGAUACCGUUGGAAAAAAGAAGAGGAAGAAACUAAACAGAUGUAUGACCUGGUGGUAAAAAUUAUAGAUAUAUUGAAAAGUCACAAAGAAGCUUGUCAAGAAAACAAAGAGCUAGAGCCAUUUACACCAAUCCCACAUGUGAGAGAUUCACUGAUACCUGCUUGUGACCGAAAAAAAAAGAAGAAAGUCUGGGAACGAGCAGUUGAGUUUUUGGCUGCAAAUGAAUCUCGUGUACGCACCGAAUCACAGAAAAUUAAUGGUGCAGACUUCAUUGUAUGGAAAUGGAUUCAACCCUCCACAUGUGAAAAACUUUCAGCCAUUCCUUCUAAAGUGUGGCAAGGACAAGCUUUCCAUUUAGAUAAGAGGAAUUCUCCUCCUAAUAGCCUGACCCCAUGUUUAAAGAUCCGCAAUAUGUUUGAUCCAGUUAUGGAAAUUGGAGAUCAUUGGCAUUUGGCAAUUCAAGAGGCAAUUUUGGAGAAGUGCAGUGACAAUGACGGCAUUGUUCACAUUACAGUAGAUAAAAAUUCCCGUGAGGGUUGUGUGUAUGUGAAAUGCUUAUCUCCAGACUAUGCAGGCAAAGCUUUCAAGGCUCUACAUGGCUCUUGGUUUGAUGGAAAGCUGGUGACUGUGAAAUACUUGCGAUUAGACAGAUACCAUCAUCGCUUUCCUCAAGCUCUUACAUGCCACACUCCUUUGAAGCCAUUAAACAAACAUAUGAACUCUAUGUCACAGUUAAAUAUUCCAACAGGCACAUUGAAUUCUCAGUUGUCAUGAGAGAACCUUAUUACCAUAAGGACUGUUAAUUGCGGCAGGGGCGGGGGUCCUGUCUUGCACCGGUCUUCCUCCUUCUUCUUUUUUUUUUUUUUUUUUUUUUUAAUCUAUUUUUGUUCCUUUCCCCCCUAUCCUUAUCAGUAUAUCACAUUUUUCAGUGAAAGAACAUGUCAUUUGGGAAUGCAAUAAAUAAGCAUCCAGAGGACAUUACAUGUUUUACAGUAAACAAAUGACACUUUUUUUUUUGACCAUUUUCAAAAGUUAAUGGUUUUGUGAACCAGUUGACUGUUCUUAAAUUGAAAAGCAGAAGAUAAUUUAUUAAAUUCCUGUGGGAUCCUGCAACGUUUUUUCAAUAUAUAAAUAUUAUAUACCCUUAUAGUAAAUUGUACAUUUUGAGGUUGACUUCUGCUGCUGCUGUAGAUAGUGAUUUUGUUGCAGCUGUAGUACAGGAGCUAUCUGGCUUUGGUUACGGAGACAGGAUAUGGAAGUCAUACUGACCUUUUUGUAUUUAAAUGUAAGUGAUGGUGGCGGCAAGUUUUGUGCAAAUGUCUGCUUAAAAGCAGUAAAUAAGCUUCCUAUUUUAUUCAUAACAUAAUGUUAUUUUAUAUGAUAAAUUGGCUGCACCAUCUCAUUAAGGUCAAACAGCCAAUUACCUUUGAAAGUAUUAGAUAAAAGUUUAAAAAUCUUUUCUAGGUUUUAUAUAAAAUGUCUGACUUGGUUUCGUGCGAGGUCUGAUACCAAUUGUAAAAAUUCAAUUAUUGUGAGCAAUAAAUAAGCAAUUGGCAGAUGCUGGACAACUUA